AUGCAGCGUUUUCUCUUCAUCUUCAUCGUCUUGCUCCUCUCCUUCUCUUUACUUCGUGCCACUCCACACGAUGUCUAUGCCACGCCCAGCACGAUCUGGAGGAUCGGCUACCUCUCCAACAUAGUUAUCAAGGGUCCGAUCGGCAUUUUCGCGAAGCCCAUGACGCUCGGGUUUAGCACACCUUGCGUUCUCGUCUCCUGCAAGAACGAUCCACUCUAUUACUUGUCCAUCUCCAUGCCGAUCGACUCACCUGAUAGCCAGUCCCAGGGCGCGACAGUGGUGUGGAGAGCUACUCCAAGGCCUGUUCGUCUCGGUGCCUAUCUCAACUUCACGAUCGAUGGCGACUUGGUGCUGCGCGACUUUGAUGGCAGCUUUGUGUGGUCGACGGGGACAGCAAACGCUGGAGCGCAGAUGAUGACCCUCGAGAGCUCUGGAAAUCUCGUCAUCCAGACGGACAGUGGUUCUUUGCUGUGGCAGAGCUUUGAUCAUCCCACCGACGCGUUGCUCCCUGGCCAGAUCCUAAAACCAGGGAUGAAGUUAGUGGCAACAAAGACGAACGAGAACAAGGAACCAGGAUACUUCUCUCUUGAGGUAAAACGCUCCUCGGUAGUCUUGUACUCCACCCUCCCGGCAUAUGGAGAGCUUUGGAGCUCUGACAGUAAAGAUAUAUCUACUGUCGUCCUCUCCAACAGCAACCUGCAGAUUCGCAAAAGUUACGAUCCUGUCGACUAUUACACUCCAACGUUUAGCACAGUGACGUUUAGCCCAGUGACUGACCUUUCCGGUUACCAGUUGCUCAAGCUGUAUCCGGAUGGAGGGCUCCGAUUUACCUCCCAGUCAUACAGCAGUAACACCAGCAACACCACCAGUCUGAACGCCCUGUUCACGGCAAAAACCUUGCCUCCGUCGUGUGGACCUGCUUGGCUUCCCAGAGAAUAUCAAUGCGACUGUCUAGAGCUCGAGGAGGAGAACAGCUCCAUGCGAGCCAGCAUAUCUGGGGACAAAAAAAUAUGCAAGUUUGAUGAGCAGCCUCAAGAAUGUGGCAAAUACGAUUUCUCACAACACGAGAUGGUAGAAGCCAGAAACUACUACUACAACGAUCACGCACCUUUCGGGCACUUAUACACCCUCCACAACGUUACUCCAGUGAAGUGCAGGGCCCUGUGCAUCAACAACUGUACGUGUAAGGCGGUAUUGAUCGACGAGAAAACGAGUACCUGUUUCCAGAUGAGCGAAGUCUUUGCUCUAAACAGGACGCACAACCCAGCCAGUCCAGCCUUGUCACUGUCUCUUAAGGUGCAUCAUGCUCCCAAACUUUCGUUCUCGCGCAGCUCUCCUCAAUACUUGUCUACGCAUAGAAGAGCCAAGCCAGCGAUUGUGGUGGUACUCUCUGCGACAACGAUCGGGAUAAUUAUCGUCGCAAUCGUCAUCUGGAAGAAACAGAUAAACUCGUACCUCAAGCAUUACGGGCAGUCGUUUCCAUCUGGAUCUGCUGAGGACGGCCUGCGUGAUUUCACGUACUCGGAGCUAUACACAGCCACCAAAGGUUUUAGUAACAAAAUUGGAAGCGGAGGAUUCGGUAUAGUAUACGAAGGAGUACUUCAGGAUGGAUUCAAGGUUGCUGUCAAGCGCAUCGAGAAUUCAAACCAGGGUCACAAGCAGUUCAAGGCGGAAGUCAGAGUUAUUGGAAGCAUAAAUCACAAAAACCUGGUACAACUCAAAGGCUUUUGCUCUCACUCGGCGUGCUACUUCCUGGUUUAUGAGUACGUUGCAAACGGGUCGCUAGACAAAUGGAUCUACUCGCAGGAAAAGCUGGGUUGGGACACAAGGUUUGCAAUCAUUGUCGACAUUGCUAAAGGGAUCUCCUAUCUCCACGAUGAAUGCACCACUAGAGUGCUUCACUUGGACAUCAAGCCUCAAAACAUACUGCUUGACGAGAACUUUGGCGUGAAGAUCGCAGACUUCGGACUGUCCAGAAUGGUAGAAAAAGGGGAAAUGAGCAACGUCAUGACAAUGGUGAGAGGAACACCCGGAUACAUGGCUCCAGAAUGGUUGCAGCUGAGAGUAAGCGACAAGCUCGACGUUUACAGCUUUGGGAUCGUUGUUUUGGAGGUAGCUACAGGACUGCAAGCUCUUCAUACCUGUGUGUCUUGCGGGACAAGCCCAAGGUUCCUGACCGCAUGGAUCGUUAACAACCUUCGAACGGGGAAAAUGGUGCAGAUGUUAGAUAAAAAGCUGCAGCAAGAAAUGGACGAUACCUCAAGAAAGGUCCAAGUCGAGAAGCUGCUUCGCAUCGGAGUGUGGUGCAUUCAGCCGGAUCCCAGGCAGCGGCCUGCAAUGGUUGACGUCGUAAAGAUGCUCGAAGGCUCGGCCGAAGUCUCGGAUCCACCACUGCCUCCUCCCGAGGCCUGCAACAAAGUCGACACGAGCUUAUCUCUCAACAUCUUGAUGGAAAUGAUAAACCAGCAAAUGACACGGCCGAGAGUGGCGCGGGGAUGCCUCCCUCUCCUCACGGAGAGAAGAUCAGCAAACUGA